CGAAGCCAGUGAAUCUGUAGUAGUGCCGCUUUGACGGGACUGGCUACAGCCUACAGCCUUCCUCGACCCCUCGACCACAACACCAUAGGCGCCUUGCAAAUCAUCACAUAAAAGACGCUCAAUGGAAAUGAAAGAGCAUGCACGCGUACAUUGGACGCUGCGGUCUUCUGCUCUCUGAAUUGCCACUCUCGAAUCGAACCUCCUCCAUGCACUACACACUAGACUAGUACACGCGCAUCGUCUCUACCUACCCAGUCACUCGCUAUCGAAACCUCGUACCCUCCCUACCCGCUCCGCUCGUCUCGUCUCCUCCCCUCCUUCCAACCAUGACCUCGAUGGGAGGCAGUCUGCUGCUGGAUGCAGAACCUCUCGUGAGAGCCGUCCAAACCAGUGGCAUGCUCAAUAAGACCCUCAUCCAGAUUUGUGCGAAUGACGGGCUCCCCAAAACAGGCGUGAAGUUGGAGUUACAGCAGCGCAUCAUUGAGCGUAUGUCCUCUCCCCCCCUUCCUUACCUCGUCGUGACCAUCUCAGCCUCGCCUCGCCCUCACCUCUGCACUUGGCCCAUCUCUUCCUAUCUCUCUCCACGACACCUACCUACUUCUCUACCUACCGUAUAACUAACCUGCAAUCUCCAGGCAUUCGUCUUUACGCGCAUACAGGUAACGUCGAGCGGUUCAAUAAAUUGAAAGGCCUGAUCCUCAACCCGCCCACCAGUAGCUCUGGCGCUGGUUCACCUUAUCAUUCUGGAAUGGCCAGCUCCUCGUCGCCCGCACGAACUGGUCCCGCACCUGUACCCUCUCCAUACAUCUCGGGUCUUGGUGCGAAUCGCAACGGAUACAAUAUGGGGGGUGGCGCAAAUGCAUAUCUCGGCUUCGGCCAGCCAAAAGGUGAGUGCGCAAAGGCAAUUGCAGAUAGACGUUCUUGUCGAGAUAGGAUCUGACCCUCGAUAGGAAUCGAAUUCAAGUCUAGUCCAUUUUUCGAUAUGGAACAGCAGCUGGGUGAAACAGUAACAAUGGAUGGUGAGCCUGCCCAUUCUUACUCGAAGGACUCGCAUGACUAACACCAAAAUAAGCUAUGGCUCAUCACCGUAAUAAUGCAAAAAUCGUUCUGAAAGCCCAGGAUUAUCCUAUUUUGGGUCGCAUCAAAAAUGAUCCAUCUUUGAAAGUCAUGAUCUUCUGUGCUGGGGAGAACAAGGGUCCACAAGACGUUGCAUUUCCUCACCAAUCUGAGAUCAAGGUCAAUACAGGUGCUAUUUCGGCAAAUUUACGAGGUCUGAAGAACAAACCAGGCUCAACACGACCAGUCGAUAUCACCAAGGAUCUCAGACUUACACCUCCAACAUACUCUAACACUGUCGAGAUGACUUACGCUCUUACAAACAAGGUAGAUGGCAAUUCCUCGCAGGUUGGCAACCAAUAUCCGCUCCAUGAAUGCCUUUGAUUCUUCACUAUCUUUUUUCCUUUUGCGCCGCAAUUCACUUGAUCUCAUACUGACAUGAAAAUAGAAAUUCUAUCUGGCAAUUCAUGUCGUCAAGACUAAGCCGAUUGACAACCUACUUGCAGAGAUCACUGCGGGCAGACAUAUCACAGAGAAAGCUGUGUUGGAUGAAAGUAAGUUAUCAGCUGUCAGCUUUCUAGUACACAACCUAACGAGGUUACUUACAGUGGUGACCAAAUCUCGAGAUCCGGAUAUCGUGGCAACGGCCUCGGUUCUAUCUCUGAAAUGUCCUUUAUCAACGUUGCGAAUUUCUCUACCAGUCAGAUCACUAGCCUGUCGUCACAACGCAUGCUUUGACGGCGAGUCUUAUCUUCAAUUACAACAGCAAGGUCCUACUUGGCUCUGUCCAAUUUGCAACCAAUCUGCCCCUUUUCGAAAUUUGGUUGUUGACGAGUAAGAACAACAUUAUUUCACACAGCGAAUAGUACUAACCUGUAAUUCAGUUAUGUCCUUAAAAUAUUAAAAAACACUAAACAGUCGACAGAUCAAGUCACUGUUCAACCAGAUGGCAAAUGGGAGGACAAGAAACAGGAGACCAACAAAAAGGAAAAUACUCGAUACAACGGAGUUGCCAGUGAUGAUGAUGAUGACCUAGUUGAAAUUACCAAAAAUGGUGAUAAUGUGUCUAUGGGAGCACCGAACGGUUAUUUGUCACAGCCACAGAGAUCUGUAUCUACUUCAUCAGCGGGUAGAACCCAGGGCAGCACGAGUUCAAAGCGACCGAUCGCCGAUGUCAUCGACCUCACAUCAAGCGGGGAUGAAGAUGAGGGCCCUGCCAGAACUCCCAAGCGGCAACAAACAAACGGUUACAGCACUACAAGCAUACCUGCAUAUCGCCCAGCGCCACCAUCAAACGCAUAUAGGUAGCACAGCCAUCUGAAAGCCUGCCUAUAGGACGGCCUUUGGAGCUCACCUGAACACUAUUACAGAAAAUUACAAAAGAGAACAGUGGAUAUUGGCGACUUCAGUGUGGACGACUUUACCUUAUAUUCUAUCCUGAGAGUACCGACCGCCUUUUUGAUGUACAUACUUUGCCUUUUUUUUGCCUCCCCUUCCUUUCAUCUACAUUAUACAUGUGGAUUUUUCUUCUUACGGGGCGAGGCCUCUGGAAUCGUGUAAAAAUAAUCCUUCUCUUUUUCUUUCCUUCUUCCUUCAUGAUUCCCAAGAGAAAUUUGCUAGGCGUUUGGGAGAAAUUGAGCAAGCAAGCGCCUGAGCUAGGAUGGUCUGGUCUGCUUUGCUUGCUUUGUGUGUCUGGGUUGGAGCAUUUGAGGUGGGCGUCGAUAAGAAGAGGCCUACAAUAGUUAGGUGUAGUCAAUCAAGGAAGAGCAGACAGCGAAUUUGCGGUUCUUUAUUGUAAUUUGCUGGGAGGGGGCCAUAGCAUGCGUGCAUGGGGUUAGAGUCAGGAGAGGAAGGGGAGAUAGAUAAUAGUGAAAUACAAAUGCAAAGGCGGAUGAAUAAUGUAUACGCUCC